GGUAUCUUUCUGGUGGAAACGCAAAUUUUGCUCUCACUAAAAAUUCCGCCGCGACCGAAGAAACGACGGAUUAGUGUCGAAUUUUUUACGGAAGUUGAUGUUUCCCGCAAAACAUUUUAAGAUAUUGCAACAAAUAAAACGUAUGAACAUUCCCCAACUUGGUCGUCGGGCGUGCGUGGGUGGCACAUGAAUAAAUCGUUUCUGUGGCCAAUUAAACAAUCAAACAAGAGCCAAGUGAAAUCAAAUACAGUGACAAAAACAUAAGAAAGCCCAGCGAGUCCGGGGUUUUGUGGCCUUUUUGCUGCUGCUCGUAGCGACAACGUUGCUGCCCACAAAACGGGAAUUUUGUGUGAACAUUGUUCGUGUUUCGUCUCUUUCGAAAUACAAGGCGGCCUUUCGUGCUGAGGACUGACUUUUAGUGGGGCCUGAUAAUGCGGUUGGGAGCCCAGCAGUAGCGCCACCAUACCACCACACCACCAACACCACCCACCGGCAACCCUAAGAAUGGCAGGCAUGUAAGCAUCCAGAAAAAAGGGAAAAACACUGAUAAGGAAAUUGAAAAAUAGUAAACAAAAAAGAGAGGAAACUAAAAGCAAAGCUAACUAAAAAAAACUCACCAAAGAACACAGAGAGAUAAAGAAAAGUUUCUGCGGAAAACAAGAAGAACGGAGGCAUCCUUAGAGCAAAAAUCCGAGUACCCAGAGGUAUCCAGAGGCGGUGCCUGGCAGCCGCCCGAAAGGCUUUCCAUCUUCAUCCAUUCGGAGACGCAGCAGUGAACGGCCACGGAUUAUUGGAAGGGAACUGAAUGACACUACUCGGGCCUAGCGCCCCUGGCAUGGCCUUUAUGAUGAAAAAGAAGAAGUACAAGUUCAAUGUGGAAGUGCAGCUGCAGGAUUUAGUCGAGGUGGCCCUCGUCAAUGAGGUGCUCUUCGCCAAGAUACGUCUACUGGAUGGCGGUUCAUUUCAGGAGUACAGCAGUCGAGAGGAGGUGAUAAACCAUCGCGUGGAAUGGAACCGCAGCUUCGAGUUUCCCUGCAAAAUGAGCGCGAAUGCCUCGACGGGCGUGCUGGAUCCCUGCCUGAUGCGCAUCUCCAUUCGAAAGGAAAUACGGGGCGGUCGCAGUUACUAUAAGCUAGGUUUUAUCGACCUCAAUCUUGCCGAAUUUGCCGGCGCCGGCCUCACAUCGCGUCGCUUCCUCCUCGAGGGCUAUGACUCGCGGCAUCGUCUCGACAACUCCAUGCUGAGAGUAAGCAUCAAAAUGCACAUGCUAAGCGGUGAUAUACUCUUCAAGGCACCCACACCGAGUCUGAAGAGCAAACAGACGAAGCCCUCCAUGGACGAUCUGACGAAUGCCGCCACCGGAGUGGGUCUGCAAACGCCAACGGCCACGGCGUUGCCCAGCAUCGGCAGUGGGAGCGGAGGCAAUGCCAUUCCCCUGGGCGGCAGUGGUGCCACACUGGGAGGCGUCUCCAGCAACCAGUCGCUGCCGGGAACGCGACCCGUUUCAUCCACAAAGGAGGAGGAUCUCGACCCACAGUCUCUGAUUGCGGCCGUCGUGACGGACUCUGGCCUGUCGGAGUCCUCGGAGUCGGCGGUGACGCUUACCACGGAUAAUCUGCAGCAGCAUGCCGCCGCCUCUGCCUCAAAUGCCAUCACACCGCUGCCCCACGCCCUCAGCGGCCUGGGGAUCAUUGGUAGCAAUAAUUAUGGCACCACAGGAGUCUCGGGAGUGGGCGGCGUCGGCGGCAACGCGGUCAACACCGCCGCCCUCAUGGAAAUGGGUCAUUCGAGGAAUUCCAGUAAUACUAGUCAAAUGUCAAAGGGUUCGGGUUAUAGUAGUUUUUCGCACAGUCAACAUUCGAGGCAAAGUUCCGAGGGCGACUCGGGGCACGCUAGUCGUUUUAGAAAAUCCGUUUCUCUACUCAAUAGACUCAAUCAGAGGGCAGUAAAUGCCAUGAAAUUGAAUAUACCACAAUGUCGGAAAGGUCACGAAAAGGAGCGGCAGCAGAAGGACCAACAGCCACCAGUGGUUGGCCUUGUGCCCCCGGCGAGCCACCACCAUCACACAACACACCUGAGCCUCACCACCACCAUUGAGUAUGUGAGCGAGGAGCAGCUGUACUCGACGCCGAAUGCCACUAUGAACACGGGGAAUACCCUGCAGCUGGAGGACUUUCACACGCCGAUGGCGGAGAUACCUGUGGAGCCACAGUUCCACUCGGCAGCACCCACCACACAUACCACACAGUAUUACGACAGCGGAGAGGCCAGCGACACGGACGAGUACAUGAACGAGGACUCGGGGGACAAUGAUUCGGGGCUGGAGGAGAACUACCACACACCGCGGGUGGCCAAAAUCAAGUCCAUGGAGAAUCUGUCGAUACUGGAAAUGGAGUUCCACAAGGCCUCCAUGGAGCUGGAUCGGAACUCGCCGCGACGGCUCAAGCAGCUGGCCGAGCACGCCAAGAUACCCAAGAUGAAGUCGCUAAAUAAUCUCUGCUUCGACGACUACUCGGAGCAGGAUGUCCGCGAGGAGUUCCAGCGCAUCCACGACCAGUCGAUGGAGGAGCGACUGCGCUUCCAGCAGCAUCACCACUUCGGCCCGGGGCUGCGCAAGAACUCCACCACCUCGAAUGGCUCCUCGGGGAAGCUGUACGUGAAGCACCAGACCCACCAGAGCCAUCACAUAAAGGUGGGCAACGCCAAGUUCAUCGGACAAGAUGGCUACGACAGUCCGCAGAGUCCGCAUUAUCCCAUACAGAAGAUGCGAUCGAUGGGCACCAUUCCGGAUGUUGUGAGCGAGCGCAUCGAAGCGGAUCCCUUCCUCACGCCCACCACCGAACGGAAGCCAACUUUCCCGCGCUUGAUACAGUCGGCCGAGAAGCCAGCCCUGGGCUAUGUGAAUCGGCUGCUCAACUACGACGUGGUGGAUUCCCCAGCGGAACUGUUGGCCAACUCCGUGUCCUUUAUGUCGCGCACACCCUUCGAGCGAGCCUAUCGGCGUAACAUCCUGCAGGGCACUUCCUCGACCCCACUGGCCACGCAGGAGACCUACAUCGUUCGGCCACAUUCCACGAAUGCUGCCUACGAGCUAAUGAGAAGCUUCAGUGGAGUUCCUCGUCGCCUCUUCGACGGCAACAACAGCAACAGCAGCGGCGGCAACAAUUGCCAGAACAGCAACAACAUUGCCACCGGUUCGGGGAGUGGCAGCACCAGGCAGCAGCAGCAGCAGCAGGCAGGAGGAGGAGCCAAUACCACCAGUUGCUAUGUCCUGGGAUCCAGUUGUUCUCCGUGCGGCACCCUCGCGAGCAUACACUCGAAUCACUCGGCCUCCUCGUCGAACGGAAGCAACAGCAACAGCAGCAGCAGCGGGGCAGUCAUCACCUUCCAGUGCAACUCGAGCUGCGGCCAGGACACUGUGGACGGCCCGGCCUCCUACUCCCCCCAGCAGCAGCACCAGCAGCAACAGAUGAGCGUGGGAUCCCCCAAUGGGCAUGGCAGCAGUCCCCGUCUGGGCAACGUCAUGUCGGCGGAUGCCCUCAGUUCGCUGGCCGCCAGUCCCACAGACGCGUGCAGCAUACGCUCCAAUCCGUCAGCGGCCUCCCUGCUGCUGUCCACCUCCGCGGCGGCUGCCGAGGCGUCCGCCAUGUCCUCGGCCACCACGAUGUCCAUGUCGGGAGCAACGCUAUCGCCGCUGGCCACCACACAGAUCAUACGCCGCCCCAGCAUCACCAUGAUGAAUCCCAGUUCCGGCUCGUUAGUUAUAAGUGAAACAGGAUCUCUAGAUCGCUCGAAAAGUAGCGGCGAGAAGCGCAAGAAGGGGGCUCUGGACGAUGGACCCCGCGUUUCGGAUCGUGUGGAGGAGACGCGCGUCAAUCCCGACUCAUUAAUCGAUGAGAUAUUGAAGGAUACGAAACUGGAUCAGCUGGAGGAGUCGGCAGAGACCUCCGGCCUUCAGCUGUAUAUCGCGCGGGACGGCACCGCCUCACUGGGCGGACACGAGGUGAAGUCCAGUGUCCGGGCGGGCGCCCUCAAGCAGGUGGUCAUGCAGGAUAGAAGAUAGUAGCGUCCCUGUUUUGUAAAAUGUAUUAGAAGACUAACUAAGCAAGCAGAAAGUAAAGUAAAGUAAAGCAUGACUAAAUGUACUAGUUUAAGGUGUGUGCAAAAUACGUUUACUUGCAACCUAAAAGUGAGAAUAAUAUAUAUACAAUAUAUACGCUAUACACGCUAUGUAUGGGCGAGUAUGUGGGUAUAUGAUGUCGAAACACUACACUACUAUUGAAUGUAAUUAUCUAUAGCUACUAUAUCUAGUAUAUGUGUCUGUGUAUGCCCAUAUAUACGAUUCGAUAUACGAUACACGAUACGGUACGGUACGAGUGGAGUGUCCAGCCCACACACACGUUUCGAAAUGUUGUGGCAGAAUUAGGAAAACCAAAAAUCAAAUGAAAUACCACAGCUGCUUGCACCUUACAUAUACAUAUAUAUUACAUACGAGUAUAUGCAUGCAGAAUUAUUCACGUAGCGGAGAGAUCCAGAAUCCAACUAAUUCAUUUGCUAAGUUAUGAAUUCAACUUUUGAUUUAUUGCUUCCAUAAGAGACAUCCAGUCUCGAUAUAAGAGUAUAUUCAAAUGCAAAACAACUAAAAUCGUAAUCCGCUAAAACAUACUACAUGCCAUACACACGUCUACAUACAAUAAUAUUGAAAUACCUUCAAAGUGUAAUCCCAAAUUGUAAUAAUCAAUCAUCGAAUCAAACAAAAUGAUAGAAGUUUCCAUACGUGAAAUGUUUCACUAAAUUAAUUUGCAUUUUGUUUU